AUGCACCAACAUAUAGGCAUUGGAAGGGAGUCCGACACCAACUCUGAUAUCUACGAGGGACACAAGACCUUGGUCUAUAUUAUCUACCGAAACAAGAUGCUUCCCUCAUUGGAGUUGAUAACCCAUUCUGAAGCAGGACGAGAAUGUGUAUGGCUGAGGUCGAUGAUUAGUGAUAUCCAAGAAGAGUGUGGAAUGAAAGCAAUAACAGAAAAUACAACCACCAUCUUUGAAGACAAUACAACAUGCAUAUCGCAAGAUGAGGAAAUAGAUAUCCAGCAAAUUCAGUCUUGUGACAACCUUGCCGACCUGUUCACCAAAUCACUUCCUUCUAAGAAAUUUGAGCUAUUAGUUCACAAAAUUGGAAUGCGACAUCUUCGUGAACUAUGCUGA